UUAGUAAAACAGUUUUCGUUUCGUCUUUGGGGAAGGUUCCACUUCCAGGAGGAGGGAAAGGGAAAGUGGUGUUGUGAAGCUGUUUUUCAUCGGCGACAUUGUCUCGUCUCCUCUGGGAUUCAGUUUCUUGUUGUGAAGGAAAAGUCCCGGAGAGAGAGAUGAUGCCCAGGUUUCACUUCCGAUGUCGUUCAGACCGGUUUGGUACAUCUUAGAGAAGCUCUCAAUCUUUUACUCUUCUUCCCAAACUCAAUCGUCGAAAUGCAGGUUAUCCUGUUGUUCAAAGAAAGAAGUAAUGCUAUCUAUGAUCGUCCGUGCCAUGAGUGAUAUAACAAACCGAUUCAACCGAGACCCAUAUAAACGGCUUGGGAUAAGCAAGAUGGCCUCGGAGGAUGAGAUUCAAGGCGCCAGGAACUUUCUCAUUCAGCAGUACGCCGGUCACAGACCUAGUGUUAACGCUAUCGAAUCAGCUCAUGACAAGAUCAUCAUGCAAAAGUUCCAUGAGAGGAAAAACCUAAAGAUCGACAUAACGAAAAAGGGGCGCCAAGUGAGGCAGUCCAAAGCUGUGAACUUUGUUUUCGAGAGAUUUCAAACUCCUCCCACUGCUUUCCUUGUCAAAACGGCAGUCACGUUCACCGUUCUCGGCGCCCUGACGGUUCUGUUCCCGACAGAAGAAGGACCGACUCUGCAGGUUUUGUUAUCACUUAUCAGUAGUAGCUACGUUUUACUUCAUCCACCAAAGGCUGAAGAAGAAGCUUUGGUCUUUUCCUUUACGGGACGGGAUCUUUCAUCUUCUCGUGGCUGAUUGGGACCUUCUUGAUGGUAUCUGUGAUCCCACCGUUCAUUAAAGGACCACGAGGUUUUGAAGUCAUGUCUUCUCUCUUAAGCUACGUUUUGCUCUGGGUGGCUUCGAGCUACCUUAGGUAGCAAUGCUACCGUAGCAUUCUAGCUCUCCCUCUUCUCUUCCCCCCCCCCCCCCCCCCCCCCCCCCCCUUUUGGGUCCCAUAUUGUAUUUAUCUCGGAUAUAUGAAAAACAUAAAAAGAGAAAUUGCAUCAUCUUCAUGUGGCAUAUAGAGAAAGAUUUUUGUUCUUGGAAGUUGUUAUUUAGCUGAGAAUUCGCUAUCUU